CUUUGUGUCAAUGUAACAGGCGAUGAGACGGGGUGAGAGGCGAGCGGUGUAGAAACCACGUCCACGGCAGUUUAGUUGUGCAUUGAAUAGACUGCCCUCUGAGUUACCAAUGACCCGGUUGUGACCACGAAGCCGAAUGUGCCCUGCAAUCCAAGUGCUGGUUUGACAUCUGGGAAGAUCCCAAAAUGAAGAGAAAGAGAGACCUCCAAUGGGGACUGUAUUGGUGGAACGUACUGUGGUGGCAUGUCCAACUGAUGGGCAAGUGUGAAGACGUGGGAGUGUUGACAAUGAAGACAAUUAUACUGAGAUCAUUGUUCUGUGCACAGAAUUAUAUGGCCAAGGCAUUGUAUGACAAUGCACCUGAAUCGCCAGAGGAGCUGUCUUUCCGCAAGGGCGAUAUAUUGACAGUGAUUGAACAGAAUACUGGCGGGUUAGAAGGAUGGUGGCUUUGUUCAUUGCAUGGACGACAAGGCAUCGCGCCUGGCAACCGGCUCAAACUCCUAGUUGGACCUGUUUAUGACAGCUCUCAAAAUGAGCCAUCUGCUGUGGAAACACAAGGUGCCUAUCAGGUACCCACCAGCCUGCAAGACUCUUCCGGCUUUGGAAGCCCUUUCAGAGAUCCUAUUUACCAAGUGCCCCCUUCUCAUGCUAGUCAGAGCAUAUACCAGGUGCCUCCCACUGCUUCGGGCUAUGCGGCACAAGGACAUGAGACUUAUCAGGUGCCACCAUCUAUACAGAGGAGUGCCUGGGGAGCUGAGGGUGCCCGUCCUAUAAGUAAGGUUAUGACUCCAGUCAGAUGUGGACAAGGUUACGUUUAUGAUUCUCCAUUGAGGCAUCAAAAGGUUUAUGAUAUCCCAGCGGUCCGUCAAGGGCUGUAUGACAUCCCUCCUUCAGUGCUAAAAGGACCCAUGCCUCAGAUGCAGUCUGAAGACUUCAGAGCCAGAGGGUUGUAUGCUAUACCACCUAGUUUGGGGAAGGAAAAUCAAAGUGUGUAUGAUAUUCCACCAUCUUCCUGCAAGGACACAUUUGGUAGUCAUGACAGAGAAGCUACAUAUGAUUUCCCACCACCAAUGAGGCACUGUGUAGAUCCUCUUCUUGGUCACAAGUCUGAGGGAUUAUAUGAUAUCCCUCCUGUUACUGUAAAGCCAUCUUUAAAACUGCAAACAGUCCUCCCAGGAACUGGGAUCAGUUCUCUAAAACAGUCUAUUUAUGAUGUCCCACCGACGGUGGUUAAUUCAGAGUUGGUUUCAAAAAGAUUACUCGUUUAUGAUAUUCCACCAACAAAUCAACAGAGCUCACAGAAGGACACUUACGAUAUCCCCCGAGGUAUGCAAGACUUUGAUCGGUCUGCCCCAGUGACUGAGAGCAUAGUCUAUGACAUUCCCCCACAGGUGUCACAAGAUGUUAAGGUGGUACAGGAUGUGACUGAUGGAAUAAACCGUUUGUCAUUCUCUAGCACGGGGAGUACACGCAGUAACAUGUCUACAUCUUCAACCACAUCCAAGGAGUCCUCCAUCUCAGCUUCACCACUACCAGAGAAGAAAGUACUUCUGGACCCAGACUCUGCCUUUGAGAGACUGACCCAGCUGCAAUAUAGUGUUGACACGUCAAUAAAGGGACUACUGACUUUUGUUGUUUCAGACUGGCGAUCUUAUGAACUAAUGGGAAAAAACCUCAACGAAAUUCAUGCCAGUGUUGACAAGGUCAAACAUUCACUUUUGGGCUUUCUUGGGUUUGCGCAAGGAGCCAUUGCAAAUGCAUCACGUUUACCAGAUAAUAGUCUUCAUAACAAGUUAAGAAAGCAAUUGCAGCGCCUGGAUGAUUCCUAUCAGAUUCUUGUCCAGACCAGCCAGGCACUGGAUAACAACAACUGGUCCUUGAACAUCUUGGUAGUAAACAGGUCCCACAACAAAUGUGAUGACCUGGAUCGUUUCAUCAUGGUAACAAAGAUGGUUCCUGAUGAUGUUAAGCAGCUAGCAUCCUCAAUAAGCACAAAUACAGAACUCUUAUUCAAACAAGGGGUUGGCAUUACUAACCUAGAGACUGUUCAUGAAAUAAACCAGGUGACUGUUGAUGAAAAAGGUACAACAAGCUGCAAUAAGCCCCUUUCACAAGCAGAGAAUAUGUUGAUUCAGAUACAACCAUUGCACAGCCCACCACAGUUGGAUCACCAGGACCACAUUAAAAAUAAGGAGUCAUUAGAUAAGAGUUGGAUGGAAGACUAUGAUUAUGUCCACUUACAGGGAAAAGAUGAAUUUGAGCGGCAGCAAAGAGAGCUUCUGGAAAAAGAAAAUAUAAUCAAACAGAAUAAAGUGCAUCUGGAGCAACAUCAGUUAAAUCAGUUCCAGGAAUUGGAAAAAGAAGUCACAAAACCUGUGGAAAAUGAUCUUUCGAAAUGGAAAGCACCACAGCACAUUCCCCAGAAGAACAGCACUCUCUGCUCUCAGGACAAACAGCUGCUUUUCUUCUACUCUGAACAAUGCGAGACUCAUUUUGUAACACUCCUGAAUGCUAUCGAUGCCUUCUUCAGCUCCAUCAGUGGUGGGCAGCCACCGAGAAUCUUUGUGGCCCACAGCAAAUUCAUUAUACUUAGUGCCCACAAACUCGUCUUUAUAGGGGACACAUUAUCACGGCAGGCGAUGGCACAAGAUAUUCGGAAUAAAGUACUAAACUAUAGUAACCUGCUUUGUGAACUUCUUAAGAGGAUUGUCAUGGCAACCAAGACAGCCGCCUUGCAAUAUCCCAGCACAGCAGCAGUGCAGGAAAUGGUGGACAAGGUCACAGAACUAUCUUAUCACUCUCACCAGUUUAAAGUCCUGCUACAGCAUUUGGCAUCUUUAUGAAGGGACAUUGUUUUUCUGAAGUCAAAUUCUGAAUAAUAAAAACUAUUCCUUAAUUAAAAAAAUGUAUUUUAAGAAUGUGGUCACAGUGCACUCGGUCUUUGUGCAGAAUGUUUUUAUAUGACGGUAUUUUUAUCAUAUUUUCAUGCGUAAAGUUUCACUGAAAGGAAUUUACAUUUUUUAAAUGCUAGUCACAUACAUACAAUACUAAAUUAUCUAGAUUUUAAUGUUAUCUAAAUUGCUCUGAAUUGUCUCUGCGUCAAGUAUAAUCACAUUUUAAGACAUAAACUUGUUUUGUACUGAUUUACAGGUUACCACCACAAUACUGUUAUGUGUCACCAUUUUAGCAGCUUUAUAUUUCAACAUUCCAUUUUACUCAUACGGUGGUUUGUCCUCCUUUAAUUUGUGGCCAAUGGUUGAUUAAUUCCUAAAGUAUAACAUCUACAUUUGUAAGGUUCAAAAACAGUGAUGUUUGUGAGUGAAAAGGGGCAUAAUGAAAUAUUGAUGCGCUUCCAUCAGCAAUGUAAAGAGCUAGACUCAGAAUCCUGCUUCAAUAGACUGAGAUAACAUGACCAUUAUAGAAUUCAACAAUCACAUAAUAUUUAUACAUAUCUUAACCUAAAGAUAAUUGACUGACAAAUAAGCUCUUCUUGGACUUCCAGCGGGUACAAGUAUUGAUUAUAACCAAUGUUUCCUCAUGCAUCAUCCCUGAUGAAAAUGGUAGUUUGUCAUAAAAAUGUUGUUUACAAUUGAUACCUGUCCCCAGCUGGAAGCCUGAGAAGAAUUUAUUCAUCAAAUAUGCCAGGAAAGCACUAGAUCCUCUUUCAUAAUAGAAACAUAGAAAAACAUAGAAAACCUACAGCACAAUACAGGCCCUUCGGCCCACAAGUAACUAAUUGACUUACUCUGCCCAAACAACUGUCUUCCAUGUCCCUGAUCAUUUCUUGUCAUUAUCCUCUGAAGGUGGAUGCAACCUGUCGUUCAUAAUUGCCCCAAAUUCCUUAAACCAGCACCAUCCAGGUGGUGAAGUUAUAAUGCUAUUGAAAGCAAAUGCCAGGAUUUUGAGCCUGUGGAAACAAAAGAAUGGCCAUGUACCUAAUAACAACAAUAAUCUAUUUGUCAAUAAAUUGUCUCACAUUCUUGCAUCAAGUUGCAUUAUGUAUUGUGCAGGAUAUAUGUGUUUAGCUGACUAGAUAUUGAAGAAGUUAUGUCAAAAUCUACAUAUGUGCCAUUUAAAGCAUUUAUUAAAGAUUUGUAGAUUCAUGUGAUUUAUUCGUAACAGGUUGCAUUGUUAGCUGAUUUAUAUUUUUAUGUGCCUUACAGUUGAGUGGUUGCAGAAGAAUAUAAAAUUCAGAGUUUUUGUAAUCUGUGCCUAACAUUACAGAACUGGAAAUUUACUUCAAUUAAAUUGUUCUGACUGAUA